GGCCGCGGGUGAGCGCGGAGCCGGGGCGGCGGCGCGGCCGUGAGGGGAGCGCGCCCGUCCCGCGUUCCGCGGGUCCCGGCGCUGGGGCAGCGGCUGCUGGCCCUCGGCCUGAGCCCGUGACCCUCGGCCUGAGCCCGUGACAGCCGCUCGCUGCAACCCGAACCCGCCUGGGAGAUGCGUCUUCGCGCAGGAGGGAAGCAAAUGGAUCCGCUGCCCAAUCCCGCGCCCCUGGCCUCGAAGCUGCGGAACACGCUGGUCCGGUACCACAGCAUCGCAGACGGCGAGUGGCGGGCGGCGAAGAAAACCAAAGAUGCAACUGUGUGGCGUAAACCAUCAGAGGAAUUCAGUGGAUACCUCUACAAAGCUCAAGGAGUGGUGGAAGAUGUUACUAACAGAAUAGUGGAUCAUAUUCGCCCUGGACCUUACAGGCUGGACUGGGACAGCCUAAUGACUUCAAUGGACAUCUUGGAAACAUUUGAAGAGAACUGCUGUGUGAUGCGCUAUACAACUGCUGGCCAGCUCUGGAACAUCAUAGCACCAAGGGAGUUUGUUGAUUUCUCUUACACUACAAGCUAUGAAGAUGGGCUUCUAACAUGUGGUAUAAGCCUGGACUAUGGAGAGGUGAGACCAAACUUUGUCCGUGGAUUCAAUCACCCUUGCGGUUGGUUCUGUGUCCCUCUCAAGGACUCUCCUGGCCACAGUCUUUUGACAGGCUACAUCCAGACUGAGCUGCGAGGGAUGCUGCCUCAGUCUGCAGUAGACACUGCUAUGUCCAGUACCCUGGCCAAUUUCUACUCUGACCUCAAAAAGGCACUCAAAACGUAGACAAACAAUCACUUCAAAGCCCGUGCAUUCCUUGCAAUCACAUUAUGUUGUUUAGCUUAGCAUAGGUUACCUACUAAAUUGAGGUAACACUCUUCCUGAAUGACACUUAAACCUUUGUGUUGAGGAUCCAAACAACUUUAGCAAGUGCUUUUUGAUGUGAUAAUUGACAUACAUUCCCAGUGCACAGUGUGAGAUGAUUUUUGCUGCUCAGCACUCUGCAGCUUUUAUGAGGAACAGCCUGAAUCUCCAAACCCCCAGCUUCCUCUGUAAAAAGCACAAGAUGUGUGUGUGGGGGAGCUUGAAAAAUGCAGUGUGAGCUCAGCUCUCUGCAGCAAUUUUGGGAGCCAGGUGCUCAGGAUUUUGAUGAUGCAGGUUGCUGUACAGGCAGCAUCUCAUUGAAGACAUAAUGUUGUUAUUUACAUAUAAGUAUAUAUAUAUAUAUUUAUAUUUUCUUUGAAGUUUGUUCAGCUGUAAUUUGUUUUUAAAAUUUGAUUUGAUUUAUCAUAUGAAUAUUACAUAACUAAGUUGUUAAAUGAUACUAUUCAUAAGAAAGCUAACUGUAAUUGAGAGCAAAACUAAGUGUUCAUUAUUGGUAUUUCUUUGAUGUUGUAAUUGUAAUUUAUUUACUGUUGUAUAUAAUAGUCUCAGUGCAUAAAGAGAUGCCCUUACAGCUGAUCCAAAGCUCAUUUAGAUCAUCAGGUGUCUUUCCAUAGGUUUUUUUGGCAGGCUUUUAAUCACACAGUUGUCAAAAUAGCAAAUCUCCAAUGGAUCUUCUGUGAUACCCUGUACUUCUAAGUUUUUUUAAAUUUAAAUUUGCGUGUAAUAGUGUGUUUGGGGUUCGUUUGGUUGGGUUUUGGGGGAGUUUUCUUUCUAUGUAUGUUUCUUUGAUGGAAUUCCAAAAGCAACAGAAAGAGCCACUCGUUUGCUUCAGAGAUAGAUAUUGCUGUAGGCACAACAGCACAGACUUGCCAGUGUUCUGGUGCUGUGGAGUGUCCUGUGGUACUGCCUCUAGAUUGGGAGAUUGAUCUUUGCAAUAAAUGAGCAUCUUAAAACAUGAGUAACUGAAGGCCAAAGCUCAAGCUGCAGAAUUGCUCAGAUCUGCUGAAGGAUAGAGGGGCUUUUGUUAAGAUGUAAAUUUCAAGAAUAUUCAGCAAUCUAGUGAUUCUGACAGGUACACAGCAGGAGCAUUCAAAAAAUAACUCUCUCUGUGCUAGGAACAUGAAUUCUCUUUAAAAUCUGAUAUUAAGCCUUUAAUGUUGAUGUGUCAUUUGCUCAGGUGACAUAUUAGUUAUCCCCAUGCUUUGCCAGUGCUCACAGUGGCAAGUCUAACUGUGUAGGAGUUGGGGAAAGUAUCUUGGAUGUCUGAUAUUGUGGAGCCAGUUGUAUACAUGCAAUCCAGGGACAGAUAAUGGACUCUCAGAAAAACAAAAAAUUCAGAUGAAAGUCCCCUGCAAUAUUGGCUUUUUUGACACUGAACUCUGAAUAGUGAGGACUUUCCUUUCUCAUUGCUCGAUCGUAGAGGUAGAAAAAACUUAAUACCAAAUAUACUGGGGGCUUUUUCAACCUGCUUCAUGUUUUGAGGUAUUUAGUACUAUUUCAGACUGUGAAAAACAGUGCAUCUAACAGCCUUUGCUGUCUUCAUGGGCAGAAAAUGUUAACUCGUUGUUAGGUUUUGUGUAUUCUGCAUUUCCCUUUAAACCCCUUUGUUAGUCUACCCAUUUUUUUUCUACCUUCCUCGUAUCUGCCAAAGCUCAUGAGGUGAUCUUCUACCACCAAGGACACCAAGGAAUUGCUGCCAGUACUGGUGCAGAGGCAAUUAUGAAAUUUCUGGCAAUGCUGCUCCGUGGGAUGAAUGAUGACAUGAUUGUAGAGAAAACUGUUUGAAGUGUAGCCUAUUCUUUCUUCCUAGUUACACAGAUUACAUGUGCAUUGAAUUUGCAUAUUCAUGUCUUUUCUUUUUAGAGCUGCUGGGGUUGACUAAUGGAGGGGCUGCAGUACAGAUGUACGCAGAGAAAAAUAUUCCCUUUGUGUGAAAAGCCCAGUUUAAAUCUGCACAGAGGCACUUCAGUGGCAGGGAAAUGGGUCAGAAGGAGCACAACACACUUACAGGAGGAUGUUUGUACAACACCAAGCACUGCAGAAGUAAUUUUUCCAAACAGCCAUUUUAAGGGCUCUGAGACAUAUACAGUAUGUAUCCUUAUUUAGUAUUCAGUGAAAUGGCUUUUUCUGCUUUUGGUAAAGACAAGUUGGUGAAGCACAGAGCAGCAGAAGAAAGAACUUGAUCUAAAGUAAGAUAAUUGCUAGUGUAUUUUUGUAUAUUGAUACUUCUAAUAAAAAUUUCUGUUAUACACCAAUACAGAACUAGAAGAAAGAUGUCCAAUUUCGAAUGUAUUUAUUUGAAGCUGAAAUUUAUAUUAUUUUUAUAUAGCUAUAGAUGGAGAGGGAAGAAGAACUGUUCUUUAAGCAGAGUGCAUCAGAACCAAGAAUGCCACUAUAUUGGAGCCUCUUCUCCCACUGUUGCAUUCUUCUCUUCAGUUAGUGGACAAUCUAGGUGGAGCCAAGAGGGUUAAAACAGGAAAGCAGUGGCAAGGACGAAGUGUAGGAACCCAUGUUUUGCUUAUGCAGAAGAAAUGGGAGAGAUUGCCUCGUACAGAUUUCUAUCAUUUAGGAAUAAAGUUACCCAGAAGUGACUUCUGAACAGAUUACCCAAUAAUAGCAGAAAUCUUGUUUUGCUAGAAAAAUAGCAUGUGUAUAGAUACAUCAAAAUUAUUUUUAUAUGACUAAUUUAUUUUUUUUUAACUUACUUUUUAGAGUUUUGGGCUAUAUGACACUUUACUCUUUUGCACUUCAAGAAGGUGGUUUGUAUGUGUGUAGGAAAGAGAUAAGACAAUUUUCAUGUUUGGGUUCCUCAUCUAAAACCCAGCAUUAAACCUUGCCUGUAGCUUUGCAGAAGAUGCAGAGAUGGGAUUGAGAUCAGUUUAGAGGCAGUAGAAGUACUCUACCACAGCUGUCUGGGAGGUGUUCUUCAGAGAAAUACUCUGUGUACAGGCCCUGAUCUCAAAUUUGAUGAACUUAUAAAUGUGAAACAUGAUGGAUUUAUAAAAUACAGAGCAUAUAAUUCCUCCAGUAAUCAUAUGUAACCAGAAGAGUUUUGAUGGUGUGAACAAGUGGUUCAACCUAGGAGAUUCCCUGCUGUAAAAAUAACCCUAAUUCUAGUGAAAUCAGUCAAGUUGUGCCUGUGCAUGGAAAGCCGAAGUCUGUUUUAACAGUGGCUUUAACUUACUGUGUUCAGCCGUUAAGCGAUUGUAUUUGUAUUUUGAAUGCAACUGCAGAAUAAAUUAAAAUAAUGGAUUCCAA